CUUAAAUUGAGGUCUAGCCUCCACCGACCCUCCUCCGAGUGUCAUCCAUCGGGUUGCCCUGCAUGCAAUUGUUUUUGUUUCCUCAUUCUGGCCCAAACAUUUCUGCGGCUUUCGGCGCCGAACGGCCGCGCGAGGCUCUGGUGCGGUCUCUGCGGCUUGCGGGCCUCCCAACGAACCAGAAACCAUACUACCUCUCAGCAGCAAAUGAAGCCCUGAUGCCGAGGUGGCACGCCGAGCGGGAGUUUGCCCGAGCUGUUGCCCUCCUGUGGCUGAUCGGGGAGGCGUCCGCACAGACUGGGCACCAGCAUGGCCGCACUCUCGACUCGCGCGGUCCCGAUCGCACCGCUUCUCUCGAGCCUGCCGACGUGAGCAAAUUGUCCGACCCAGUUCCGCAGGUGAGGCAUUACAAGGUGCCUGGGAGAGGCUACACCAAACAUUCCCCUCUGUAUGCCAAGCAAACCGUCUGGGGCGGUGCCGCGCCCCAGGCGCCAGAGAAGACCACUACCACCUGGAAGCCUCUGGAAGCUCGGCCAUGGAAGGAGGAUGCCAUGGAGCGGUCGGACAUUACAGAGCCUUCUCCAGUACUAGUGCAGCCAGCUUCGACCACGGUGCAGUGCAUUACCAAUCUGACCUGCCAGUUUUUCGCUGUCUACACGGUCCUGUUUCUGCUGCAGUCCUCGACGCGUCUGGGGCUCACGGCACUGCAGCGCGAGGAGAAAUCAUUCGGCCCAGUGGUGGAGACUGUACAUUUUGUACCCAUGCUGUGCGUGCUGUUCAUGGCCACCCGGAUGCGCGCCGUGCAGUUGACACACGGUGAGCCCGAGCAGUACGAGCUUCCGCAGUGGUGGGUGAAAGCUGCCAUGCAGUCUUGUUCGUGGUGGAUGCUGGCCUUGACGGUCAUUGUGCUCCUUACGUCUUGCUUGCACGUGGAGGCCGUGGACUCCAAGGUCAAGAGACCGACAAUCGGACCGACGAUGCUGAGGUAUCUUCGAGAUUUCGUCAUGAUGAUCGUCUACAUAAGCUUCACUGUCGUCUGCGUUGGUGCGUGCACCAUGCAGGCGCCACCGGGGCUGGCGCCGCCUCCCGAGCGCGCGGCGCUCGCGUGCACGCUCUGCCUCACGUUCCUCUACUUCGGCGUCUUCCUGGCGCGCGCCGCCGCGACCUUCGCGAACCGCGCCGGGAUCUUGGGCCAGGCGCGGCGCUUCGGGAACGCGCAGGAGGUCCUGCGAAGCGCUACCGCCACCGUGGCCUUCGCGCCAAUGCUCGCCGUCCUCUUCAUUGCCGCCAGCAUCCGCGCGAUGCAGGUCGGCGCGGAGCCCAGCGGCGGGCGCCUGCCCGCGUGGGUGCAGGCGUGCUUCUACGCCUGCACCGUGAGCGUCUUCCUGCAGACGGCCUGCGUGGUGGCCAUCUUCGUCAUCUCGCCCGACGACGCAGAGCCCGCGGGCGAGGACCUGGGAGCCGCCCCGCCGCCCGGCGGGCCGAGGCGGCGGGCCGCGGCCAGGGCCGUUGAGUACCUCCGCUGGUUCCUCAUGGCGGUGCUCUACGUCUGCGUCGUCGCAGUCGCGGUCGGGGCCCUGCUCUUUCCCAGACCCGUGCCAGCAUCCACCGAGCUGGACGGCGUCGUGGUCCUCGCCGUGCUCUACUUCGGGGUGUGCCUGGCGCUGUGGGUGGUCAGCUGCGCCCGCCAGGCCGAGGCGCGCGCUGCUCCGGGGGGGCCGCAGCAGGGCCGCGGCGGCUCGAGCGUGCUGGAGCAGUGCCUGCAGAACGCGAAGGUGCAGAUCCAAUUCUGCCCCAUGCUCUGCGUCCUGUUCCUGGCCUGCCUGCUGCGCGCGCUGCGGGCGACGGGCGGCCGGGGGGCCCCGCAGGCGUGGUGCCAGGCUGCGGAGCGCGUCGCGACCGGGGCCGUCGUGUGCUUGGUGCUCCUUAGCUUCGAGCAGCUUCUCUCCAAGGCCGUGCCCAAGAUCGUGAAGGUGUGCGCGGUCUGCAAAUACAUCUUCGUGGCUGCGCUCUACGCGUCGGCGCUGGCGUGCAUCUUCGCGCUGUACACGAUCACUGCCGACACCGCCGUGACCGGGGAGCUCUCGAGUGAGCCCAUUCCUGUUCUCGCUGCCCUAGGCAGGCGCAUGCGCGAGCCAUCUCGUUGAGAAUUGGACGGGUCCGAUUCCUCGCUGAUGGGUGCAGGUGUCGUUCUGUCUCUGAGGUCCGCACAGGAGAAUCCAAGUCAAGAACUGUCGAUGACACAGGAGCGACCGCGAAAGACAUUUGCGCCAAAGCAUCUCAGGCAUCGUGAUCGUCAGCUCUCCUCUCGUUGUCG